AUGGAUUUUGGGGUGGGUAACUUUAACCUCCCAGUAGGGGGAGAUUCUGACUUCCGAAUGGAGGAUUUCGAUCCCCAAAUGGAAGACUUCGGUGACCAGCUGGGAGAUUUUGACUUCUCUAUAGAGGGUAUGGAUUUCCAAAUAGCGGGCAACAAUCACCAGGCGGAGAAUAUGGAAUACCUAUUAGACAACUUUACAUACAACAACCCCAAUCCUGGCAAUGUGUCAGGCAAUCGAUCCAACCGCGACGAGACGGUAGAACAGACACCGGAAGGAGAAUCUAGUGUUCCGUCGAGUCCAGAUUCUCAAGUCUUUAUUAACUAUUUCGAGUGGACAGAGAACAACCUACCCAUCGGAGUAUCGUUCGACCCGAAUGCCCCGGCUGUUACCCCUGAAUUCUUGCGCGGAUGGACUUACAGACCUGAACUUCCACAGGACGAGAAUCAAGUUAUCUUCGUGGGUUCGCGUGGAACUGGGUACCGCUCCGAAAUGGUUCCGCCUGCCGAGGUUGCCGGUAACGAGCCCGCAGUUCGUCGAUCGACUCGUCGCAGAAUUACCCCUCGAACUCUAUUCCCUAAUCAGCGACCAGCAUGGGCGAUGCUCGCGACGGAUUUCAAAACCGUUUCCACUAUACCAGAUGAUGUCUCUAUAUGGUGUCCCUGUUGUACACGAAUACUCCCAAAUAGCAGUUUUAGAAUGUCGCCUAGAAGUCAUACCCCGAUGGAGACGUGCAUGGACUGCAGAAAGCGACAGGUAACACCUCUGCAUAACAUGGUCAUCUGCUGGAGCUCAUCUUCGGAUCUCAAAGGUUGCGGAAGAUUUCUUCCCCGGGCUAAUUUCUCUAGCUUUCACGAUUACGCAACGUUUACAGGUAUUCUAUGUCAAGAUUGUAGAGCCUUCGGUCCAGGUCGGGCGAGAUUCGAUGGUAGAUACACUGAGAAGAAGUGAUAAAAGGUGAGGGUCAUGAUAAAGCCUCUUACC